GGGCGUAACCCAUUUUCGAGCUGCACAUCUGUCCAGGGCUGCAGUACAGAAGCGGUGGGUUCAGCUUCCCGCUCCCAAGGAGCUGGGAUUGGAAAGGCAUCUGUAGCCCUGGAAAAAGCAAAAGAUGUGAACCGCGAGGUGUCUGUGGGAAUCUCCAGGUACUCUCAAGUGAGCUCUCCAGGAUCCAGGAGUUUGCAGUGGCAGCAGAAAAUCUAGCUGGCCGUGCUCUAAAACAUGAGUUUGCAAGGAACCAUGACCACCCUUGGGUAGGUUGAACAUAUCAGUACAGAAGAUUGUUCUUUAAAAAGAAAGAAAGAAAAGAAACAAGGAAGCCAAACUACGAAAGGUCUUUCUUUCAUGGAGAGAGUAAAACUACCAGCAAAAGAGGAUUUGGACUUUUUUUUUUAAUCCAGAAAGAACCACCAAAAACACCUGUGUGGAACAAGACCACUUAUACUCACAAAAGAAAUAAAAUAAAAAACUAACAAAAAAAAUCCCCUGCCCUUUGGGAUGAUAUUUUUAUCAAUGUUCUUCCCAUAAAAGGCUGUAAAAGAAGAACAAAUAUUGUUUUCUAGAGACUGAAAGAGUGUGAUGCAAAAAAUGGAGGCAACAGUGGCAGAAAUUCAAGUAGAAGGCAAGGAUGAGAAGGAGUCUGUAGAGAUAAGUCCUCAGGAUGAGGAGCAGGUUGAAAAAGCCUCUAUGAUUUGUUUUAAAAGAAGAAAGAAAUCAGCCAAAGCUUUGAAGUCGAAGAAUUGUUCUGAAAAAGCACCCCAUGACACUGGUCCAUGCAGUGCCAAGGAUCACACAGAUGUGGAAGCUUCAGAUCAGUUUCAGUCACCAGGGGGGACCUGGGCAGCAAUCAGAUGCUUUGUCACUCGACGGAAAAGGUCAAAAUCUUCAAAGAAAGAAGUCCCCUUAGAUGCUAAAGCACAACCUAAAGACAACACUGACGAAACCAAACCCGCUAAGAAAAAGGCUCGAUCCAGGAUUAAAACACCCUGCAUAAAACUCUCGAGAAGCAAGAAAAAAUGCAGUCAUUCCCAAACUAUUGAGGAAUCUGAAUGCAGUAUGAAAGUAAAGGAAGUUACAGACAGUUUAGGUACAGAGAUUCAGACUCCUGAGGAUGCUCCAGCUGUAAAGGAUAAAUUAAUUGCAGAUGUAAGUGGUGGUACCUCCCAAGUAGAUAGUGUAAGUAUGCCACAAGUUAGUAACAUCAGCUCUUCUGGGGAGAAUGUGGCUUCCAUAGAACUUGAGGUUGACACGGAAUCUUGUGCCAUUCACACAGCAGCAUUAAUCCUUGAAAAAAAUAUUGAGAAGCCAGAGGAGAAACAGGUUGUAAACCUCCAACAAGAAAGCCUCCCUGAGACUUCAGAAGUGGGACACCAGCUCCCUAAGGAGGAUACGGAGGUUGGUAGUAUUGUAGUACCCAAUGAAACUCCCACAGAGGAACCUGCAACCCCAGAGAUCAUGGAAGAAGCAUCUAAGGAUGUCACAGAACAGGAACCAAAAGAGAAAGAACAUGAAAAUGAAGUGAUUGCUUCAGAAAAGAACAAGUCAAAAGACACCAUAGUAUGUUUCAGUAAAUCAGAUUUCGAAGAAAAUGCAGUAGGCCCGAAGAUGCCCCAAGCAGAAGAAAGCAAAAGGAUGGAACCAAUUGCUAUUAUCGUCACAGACACUGAAGUCAGUGAAUUUGAUGUAAAGAAAUCCAAAAAUGUCCCUAAGAAAUUCUUAAUAUCGGUUGAAAAUCAGCAAAGUGAGCCAUUUUCUAAUGCUGUAUCAUCCAAAGGGGUUAAUGAUUUUGAGGGCAGAACUUCUGAGCAGUAUGAGAAGCUUUUAAUAGAAACUGCUUCCUCGCUUGUCAGGAAUGCCAUUCAGUUGUCUAUAGAGCAACUGGUGAAUGAAAUGGAUUCUGGUGAUAACAAAAGAAAUAGUCUUAUAUAAAAGACCAGAAUUUCGGCUCAUGUUUUCUUUUAAUGGAAACCUAAUGAAGAAUUAUUUUACAUUUUAUGACAUCUUUAAUUCAGAAGAAUCAUUUAUGGAUAUUUACAAUCUCCAAAACUCAACAGCACCAGCUUCUGUCGAGUUGGAGACGAGAAUCUGGCCCAGAAAUGUACCAUACUGCUCCUUAAUGUCCUUUUGAUGACAGAACUUUGUUUCAUAAAGCAAUUUAUUUCUGCAUAUACAUUAAGCCUGCAUUUGGUUUCAAACCCCUGUUUUUUUACAAUGCAAUUUUAUUGUUAUAAUUGUGAGUAAGGUGGGCUAGUUUUGUAGAUAUGUGAAUUAUUGUAGCUGAGUAGCUGGCCAAUGGUCUUACCUCAAAAAUGUGACACCUGCAUUAUCUUCAUUUCAGUGGCAUAUGUGUAUGUUCACAAAAUGCAUAUUUUAAUGAGGAAGAAGAGAUUUUCUGUUCUUGAUUCUUCUAAGCUAUUUGCAAAAAUUGCAUUAAAAUGUCUUCAAAUAGUUGGUGAAUAGGUUGGCAACUAUAAAUGCUUACCUUGACUUCUCCCUUUUUCCUCCUCUAUACAAUUACAUCGAUGCUCUCAUUCCUCCUUUUUUACAAGAGGCAUCCUUGACAGGGGGAAUAGAGAGAAUGGUGAAGCAUUUUUACUUACUAUGCCAUCACUCCUCCUAAGGUUAUGGUACUAAAUUAAAGCCAUUCCUUCAAGAAAUCACCCUGAAAUUGGCCUUUUGUGGUUCCCCAUCCCUUUAGCAAGUAGAUGGCCUCAUAGGAGGAUAGCAGAUUCCAAGAAAGAUAGUGUAGCAGCUUAAAACCCUCUGAGGAGCUCAAACAUUUUCAUUUUGGGAAAGUGUCAGUCAAAUUUAGCCAAAAUACGAAGUUAUUUAUUAUCUCCUUUAUUAAAAUAUGUGUGAUAGUUCCAAAAAAUCACAGCAAACCGUUCUGGUCUUUGCAGAAAUAUUUUUUACUUUAAACAAAUCGGCAGCUCUGUAAUGGAGAAGGAUGGAUAAAGCAUUUUCCAUAUUCAGAGAAGAAGGCUUUUUUUUUUUUUACUUUCAGAAUUUAGCUACACCAACUAUAGAAGAGAUCUGUAUAACAAAUUAAAAGAAAUUUUUUUUCUUAAGG